UAGCACAUUUCUUAUUCCAGGUUGGAUUUUUGCUUCAGGCUAGGGUUUUAGCGGAUUGGGUUUUAAUGGAUUGCUCGGAGGAAGCCAUGCAAGCAGCUUCGUGAACGGGGAUUCUGUUGUCGUGCUCUGGAUAUCGUCGUCAUUGUUUUUCUUUGUGUCGAGCUGCGCAAUGUCGUCGGUAUUGCUGUCGUCAGUACCAUGUGGUCGAUUCAAUUCGGCGUUGCCGCCUCCCAGCUACGUCAAGCAGGAAAGUCUUUGCUGUUCUGUUUCGUGCUCUCGUCGCUUUCCCGUCCAGUGCGCCGCCUCCCGCCGCAAUUCGCCAGGUUCUGAGAAGAGCUCAAGCAGGAGAAGAAAAAAGCCGACAGUGGUGGAUGAGGAGGUGUUCAACAUCGAUGAUGGCUGGAAAAUCGAUCUGGACACCACAGAGAAAAUGCUAGAAGUAGCAGAUGUGCAGGUUCCAGUGCGUUUGAGGCAACAACUGGAGCAGGAGAGACAAGGUAUUGAGGUGAAGCCACAACCAAUUAAAGUGGAAGAUGCCCCCAGGCUCACCCACAAACUAUUAAGGGUAAUGGCAGGCAAAGUAGGCGGUAGAAAAUUAGCAUCUCCGGCAGACUUGAAUGUGCGGCCGAUGAUGGAAAUUGUACGUGGUGCGGUUUUCAACAUAUUGCAGGCACUGGGGGGAGGCGCUGCGCAGUUACCACCCGGGAGGUGGUUAGACCUUUACAGCGGCACGGGAUCUGUUGGGAUUGAGGCGCUUAGCAGGGGCUGUGAAAUGGCAUAUUUUGUAGAGAUGGAUCCCUGGGUUAUUGAUGAAGUGCUAAACCCUAAUUUAGCAGUGACUGGCUUUCAAGACCAAGCUGUUGUGCACACUUCCCCCGUGGAAACCUUACUGGAUCAGGUAGCUGAACAUGGCGCUGGCUUGCUUGGCGGCCAAUUUGACUACAUAAGUGUGACACCACCCUACGAAGCAGUUGUGUUUUCAAAACUCAUGCAGCAGAUUUCUGACUCUCCACUUGUCAAGGAGGAUACCUGCAUCGUGGUUGAGUAUCCAAUCAAGUCCAAGCGAGAGAUGCCGGAGACUUGUGGUCCUCUUGUGAAGAUUAGGGAUAGGCGAUAUGGGCGAACGCAUGUGGCUAUCUAUGGGCCUGCUUGGGCUAAAGAUGACUGAACCAGUUUCUCGGCGUCGAAUUUGGGUGCCGAAUGCAUCAUUAACUUCAGUAUUAUACUUAAAUAGAACCACCUCUCACAACAUAGAGGGCAAGAAUUCUUCACUUACCCUUGGAUUUGUAAUUUAGGUGAUCUUUGUUACAAUCAAUUGAUACUUAAAAUGUACCUCCAGAGAAAUCCCUACACAAAUCAUUGAUAUCUCGCAGGUUUGAAACUGUGCAAAGCUCUCGUCAAUCUCAGUAAACCUAGACCUUUCAUUCAGAUAUGGGUUGAAACCUCUGCUAUUGUGGAUUGUCCGAAGAACUGAAAUUCUCAUGUAAAACCUUUUUCCAUGCUUGGAGUCUAUUUGAACCAAACGUAAACUUUUUA